AUGAAGUUCAGCUCUAUGGAGAAUCUGACGCAUCAUUUCGGAGAAAUGUCGGUUUUUCUCGUGUUCUCGAGAGUCGAGAAUCGGAUAACUGACAGCGUGUCAAGCGGGAGAAACACGAGUAGUCCGAUCGCGAAAAAAAUUGGCAAGACAGGUCUCGGGCGGUCCGAAUUUCUCGCCAUCAAUGGCUGGAAUCGCGAUGAAGAUUUAUCUCGAUACCUGAAGGAUUCAACGAGAAACCUGUCGUAUUUCACCGUCUCGUUCCCACGAGCCAUGGACCCGGGGAACAUGCAUGUGAUUUACACCUUGCCGUUGGAAGACAACGAAACCUUCGCCAGAUACGCUGGCAGCCUGGAUGUCGACGACAGCCCGAGAAUGGCGACACUCAACGACUCGUCGUCGUCGAGCGUUCCCGACGCCAUCUCGCAGCACGGCCUGGAGGACCUGGGCCCCUUCGUGGCCCUCAAGGCCCUCGUCAUGGGCCUCAUCAUCUUCACCUCCAUCUUCGGCAACCUGCUCGUCAUCGUCAGCGUGUGUCGGUUCCGGAAACUCCGCAUCAUCACCAACUACUUCGUAGUGUCCCUGGCCCUGGCCGACAUGUUGGUGGCCGUCGUGGCCAUGGGCUUCAACGCCAGUGUCGUGCUGACGAGGCGAUGGAUGUUCGGCUACUACAUGUGCGACGUGUGGAACUCUUUCGACGUCUACUUUUGCACAGUGUCGAUUUUGCACUUGGUGUGCAUCUCGGCUGAUCGGUAUUUGGCCAUCCUCAAGCCCCUCGACUACCCCCGCAGGAUGUCGUCCAAGAGGGUCGCAGUCAUGCUGGCCAACGUGUGGUGUCUGCCGAUCCUCAUCUCCUUCCUGCCGAUCUUCCUGGGUUGGUACACGACCGAGAAGAACCUCGUGUUCCGCACAACGAACCCGGACAAGUGCAUUUUCGUGGUCAACAAGGUGUAUGCCCUGGUCUCGUCCUCGGCCUCGUUUUGGAUCCCGGGGCUCAUCAUGAUUUGUCUCUACGGGAGGAUCUUUGUGGAGGCGGAUCGUCAGGAGAGGCUGUUGUAUCGCAACAGCAUGUUCUUGUCAGCCAUGGCGCACUUUGACACGUUCUCGAAAGCCGCCAUUCAGACGGCCGCCAUCAAGGGCAGGACCCUGAACAAGAUGAAGCGGGAGCACAAGGCCGCCAAGACCCUGGGCAUCAUCAUGAGCUGCUUCCUCCUCUGCUGGCUACCGUUCUUCACCUGGUACCUCACGGUGUCCCUCUGUGGCGACGCCUGCGAGUGUCCCGACAUCGUCGUCGACGUCAUGUUCUGGAUCGGCUACUUCAACUCCACUCUCAACCCGCUCAUCUACGCCUACUUCAACGUGGAGUUCCGCGAGGCGUUUCGUCGCACGCUCGCCGACAUAUUUUGCUAUCUCUGCAUGCAGCACGACGUGGAUCCGUACGAACGGGCGCCGCCGGGGCGGAUCACCGCCGCCGGUAGGGAAUCAAGCGGCGGCAGGCUGAACUGCUUGGCGUCCGUGUGCACGAGGGCCAGUGGCGGCGCGGAAAGCGUGACAGGCAACGUCGGCGGCAGACGAGCAUCCACCGAGAGCCGCCGUGGGAGCUACUUGAGUGUCAAGGAAUGCCUUGUGCCGCACAACGGCAACGCUGCGAAAAAUGACGCCACUUGGGUACCCCCGGUAGUGGUGACGCCACAAAAACUGAUGCAAAAAAUGUUUUUGCCUUGUUUCAUUUUUUUCUUCGGAUUUAUUGGCAAGCAGCUGAAGCAGUUGCGCAAAUGGGAACCACAUUGGGCUGUAUAA